AUGUUGAAUAGCUGAUCAGACAAUGAUUCCAGAUUUGAUUUGAAUUCCUCUCUUUUGCUAUUCCCAACCAAUCGUCCCUCUUGUGGAAAGCAAGAGGCCUUAUUUGUUAGAUAUGGCCAACAAAUGAGUGUGCAAUCAAAACCAGGAUUUGAGAUCUGAUGGUAUUCUUUGUCUCACAAAAUUAAUACGUACGGAGAAUUCCAGAUUGAUAUAAUGCAAAGAAGCAAAGUUACGAUCCAUAUCUUCUCACAUAAGAAAGGAGAGAUGAUAAAGAAGCGGGGAGAAAUCAAGGAAGAAGACCAUGGAAAUUUUGCUCGUGUGGAUCCCAAAGAAACUAUAUAUCUGCUAGCACUAGCAGAUAAAGAAGACUCUGGGGUCAACCUAACAGCCAAAUUUGUCGAAGUUAGGUUGCCGAACUCAGUUAUUGCUUUAUUGAUUGGAUGCUUCAUUAUUAUGAUAUUAUUAUUAACCCUCUGUUCCAUAAUGAUUGGAGUAAUCUGCAAGCAAUGCUCACGAGUCGUGAUGGAACAGAAUGAUUCAAAUUUAGAGCCACCUAAUAUUGAAGUACAAGAAAGAGUAAAGAGCAACAUGGACAAUGAGUCUCAGGUUGAAAGCCCUCCUUUCACGAGAAGUAAGAAAUGUGUACAUAUUAUAUAA